AUGCCAGCUGCAGAGAAGAUUAUUCAUCGCUAUUUUCAUCAAUUGAUUAGUGGCUGUGGAAAUCCUCAAUGCUCAAAUAUCUAUUGUCGAUCAAGUUCUUCAUUUAAGUAUGAUAAAACAAUUUUAGAAGAUCGAAAUCAAGUAGCUGCCGAAGUUAUUCGUCUUAGUUCUGAAUAUGCACCACUAUGUGAUGAUGUAAAUCUAAUAGAAGAAAAUGAACAAAAGAUUAAAAUAAAUAAUUUAACAGAAAAUAAUCUUCAAGAAUUAAUUAGUCAGUGUGAAAAAACAAAUGAUUGGAAUAUAUUAGAGAAAUCGAUGGAGAUUAUAUUCUCCAAUAGAUUUAAUUUAUUAACUAGCUUUUUAAAAGUAGACUUUACAGAAAAUAUUUCUAAUAAAUCAGAAUCGUCACCAACAGCAAGUGCUACACCAAAAAGCUUUUUUAUACAUGAUCCACGUAUAACACUGGAUAAUGAUGAAAUAACAUUAGAUUUUGAUGUCAUGAAAAGUACAAUGAAACUUUUAAGAUCUUAUGAAGAUCAAAUUUCUUCAACAAUUCAUAAAUCAUUAGAUUUAUUAUUAAAUCAAUUACAAUAUGAAUUGAAAUCAAAACGCAAUGAAUUUGAAACAGAUGCAAAUUUUUUUAAUCUAUUCUUGAUUAUAUUCGAACUACCAUAUCUUUCCGAUCCAUUGUUUCUUUUCGACGUUGCUCGUUUAUUUUAUUCAAUUUUAACGAAUUUAUCUAUUAAAGCACAAGCAAAAUUCGUACGGAUUUUAUCCAAAUACACAACGAACCUAGAUGCUUAUGUUGUACAUGUACAACAAUAUAUAACUAUGCAUACGUUACGCUGGUGUGAUCGUGUUGGGAUUGAAACUAAUAGUGAAGAGCUUCUAUCAAGUGAACCAGGAAUGAAAGAAGGAUUAAAUACACUGCGACUACUUUUCUAUGCUAAUCUUCUCGGUGGACAACGUGAUUCAUCAGAAAUCAUAGAUAUUGAACGUAAAAAUUAUGAAAAAACAGAACGUGAAUUAGUCGAACGACGUCAACGACACAACGACACUGAUAGUGAUACUGAACAACAACAACAACAACGAAAUGAACAGCAACAAUCCGAUAGUGAAAAUGUUUUAGUAGCUUCUACAUCUUCAGCAACACCUGCAACAAGAAUAAAAACCCGUAAAGCAACCAGUGAGAUCGAGGAUACCGACUCACCCUAUGAUAAUGCUUUACAAAUAAAGCUCGAUCUUAAACCAAAUGAAUAUCGACGUGGUCAAUAUGCAUUUGAUAUUUUUAUUAAUGAAUAUGCCAAUGAAAAACUGGAAAUAAAAAAAGAAUAUUUGAACUUUAUUCAACAACCAACCAGUUCUAUUGAGUUCUCAUUUAUUUACUAUCCAUUUUUUCUCUCAACUAUAAAUAAAAUAGCAUUACUUAAUAUCGAGAGUAAAGCACGAAUGUAUCUUCAACGUCGUUCAAUAUUUGUUCAUAAUAUAUUUAGCUCAGUUCGUUUAAAUCCAGUUUUUAAAAUCAAUGUUCGACGUGAUCAUCUGAUUGAAGAUGCUCUGAUCUCGCUCGAAUAUCAAGGAAUUGAACAACCAGAGGAACUAAAAAAACAAUUAUUUGUCGAAUUUGAGGGCGAACAAGGUCACGAUGAAGGUGGAUUGUCGAAAGAAUUUUUUCAACUCAUCACAGAACAAAUUUUCAGUCCAGAAUACGCUAUGUUUAUGACAAAUGAAGAAACUCGUUGUUUAUGGUUCAAUCCAUCGGCAGCCGAAGAUCUCGAUCGUGAAUAUACAUUAAUAGGCAUGUUAUUUGGUUUAGCUAUAUAUAACUCAAUUAUUCUUGAUAUACAAUUUCCACCCAUACUUUAUCGUAAAUUGCUGGGAAAAUUUGGUACUUUUGAAGAUCUUGCAACUUCACAUCCAACUAGCUAUAAAAGCCUAAAAAGUCUUUUAGCAUUUAAUGAAAAAGACGAAGGCAUGACUGUUGAAGAUGCAUUUAGUUUAACAUUUCAAGUUGCUAUUACUGAUGCAAUCGGUUCACAAUUACUCUUCGAUUUAAAAGACGGUGGAGAUACAAUAUCAGUAACAAACGCUAACCGAGAGGAAUUCGUACAGCUUUACAGUGAUCUUUUGUUAAACAAAAGUAUUCAAAGACAAUUUGAUCCGUUUUUUCACGGAUUUUUAUUGGUAACGCACGAUAGUUCACUAAGAAAACUAUUUCGAGCAGAUGAAAUCGAUUUACUUGUUGCUGGCAGUCAUGUACUUGAUUUUAAUCAACUUGCAUUAGCUGCAGAAUAUGAUGGUGGCUAUUCAAAAGACAGUCCAACAAUUAAAAAUUUUUGGACUGUUUUAAUGACUUUUACUGAUGAACAAAAAAGAAAAUUUUUGCGUUUUACCACUGGUAGUGAUCGUACUCCCAUUGGUGGUUUGGCUAGAUUAAAACUAAUUAUAUCUCGCAACGGUCCGGACACUGAUCGUUUGCCAACAGCUCAUACAUGUUUCAAUGCGCUUCUCCUUCCUGAUUAUUCAUCAAUUGAAAAAUUACAAGAAAAACUGUCUAUAGCCAUUGAUAAUGCCGAAGGAUUUGGAUUACGUUAA